GCCAAGUACUUGUUGUUGUGUACCUGGAUGUCAUUUAAGAGGAGGACAUGCAUUUCCAAAUGACUUAAAAAGAAGGAAAAGUUGGAUCAACGCCAUGGCCCAUACGCAGAUUGGACGAGAACACGAUGAAAUCGUGGAGUCCAUCUCAAUCAGCUGUUGUUUGCAAGGCACAUUUUACUGAAAAAGACUAUGUGCAGGAAACUAUUCAUGGGCGCAAACCCACCAUACAGAGACUUAAGUCUACUGCCAUUCCCAGCCUAUUUUCCUGGACCAAGCAAGAGACUGAAUCGUCUGCAAAAAGAAAAAUUGGGGCAGUUUCCUGUGAAAACAAAAGAACUAAACUUGAUGAAUAUUGUAGUAGAAAUCUAGAGGAAAGUUUUGAUUGUAAAGUUGGUUUUCCUGAAGAAGUCAUUCAUACUGCAGACAGGAUUUAUGACUGUCCACCACCAACUGCCGAGCUAAUGUUGAGCUUCACAGAUGGAAUUACGCAAACACCAUCAAUGCCUAUAUUUUCAGCAGAAAAUUUUGAAAUGAAGACCAUUGACACAGCCAUGCAUUUUUAUACCGGUUUAGAGUUGUAUACUAAAUUUUAUUUGUUUUGACCACACUUGGUCCAGCAGCACAUUGUUUGAGAUACAUAUAUUUUCAAAUUGAUAGGGUGUCAGUUGAAAAUCAGUUUUUUUAUGACUUUGAUGAAAUUGAGGCAUUAUACAACCAACUUUGAACUGUCUAGAUUCUAGAUUGAAACUAGUGUUAAGAAUAUUGUGUAAACAUGGAUUGUU